CCCCCCCAAGUGCGCAUGCGCAUUUGGGUGGCGGGCGGAUACUUAAGGGGCGGCUGCGGCAGUGCGCCCAACAGCGGACUUCAAGAGACCAGCGGCCCUCGGCGAACCCUUAGCCUUCGGCAAACUCUCUCAACCACCUAUUCUCGGAACCAUGGCGGCAGUGGCGGCAGCAUCGGCUGAACUGCUCAUCAUCGGCUGGUACAUUUUCCGCGUGCUGCUGCAGCGCAGACCCUUCUCAGUGCGCCCGCGCCCGGCUGGGAACAAAGAGUUGGGGCGCGGCGGGCGCCAGCCGCCGACGAACGCUGAGGCUCUUAGCAACCAACGUGGUGUUCAGGUACUCCCUGCAGAAGGUGGCGUACACCGUGUCGAGGACCGGGCGGCACGUGCUGGGAGAGCGCCGCCGGGCCCCCAACUGAGGCCCCAGCCCCCAGCCCUGGGCGGCCAUGUCACCAGGUGCUCCUGUGCAUCUCGCCCAGCAUGGGAGCCAGUGCCGCCCAGGAAUAGGGGGUCCCCUGUGCUCUCUCGCCAGAGGAGCAUUUGCCAAGGUCAAUGAGGGGCUGGCAGGCCUCCAGAGAAGCAGCACGGCAAUGACGACAAUACCUGAUCCCUUUCCAAUCCCUGUGUACCCCUCCCACUAUGGGGCGGGGUAGAGGGAGGAGGAGGGAUGGAGGGAGAACUCUGAGAUUUGGGCAUAGGCAUUCUGAUCUGGACCAAGUCGGACAGUGACAUCCUAGCCCCACAACCAGGGCCAUACCAGCAGGCCCCACCACAGAGAUCCAGACUACGACACCAGCAGCAGAAUGAACAUUCCAACAUCAUCGGCAAGCCGAAGCCCUGAACCUCUGAGCAGCAGACAAGGAGUCAAUUGCGUGCCUGUGUGGCGGGACAAGAGGGCUUGGGGGGGGGGGGGGGAGAGGGUUAAGAAACAGAGAGGGGGCCCUCUCACUGUCCCUUGCCUACUGCACGUGCAUUCCAGCCUUGCUGCCUUUGCUCCCUCUAUUCCUCCUUCCCCCUCACUGCCUCCCAAGCCCACCCUACCAGAAAAAAUGUGUCACUCAAUUCGGACCUAUUCAAUCAGUAAAAGAAUCCCAACUUUACUAAAACACCUCCGAGCCCCCAGUCCCUCAUUGAUCUUUUCCCUGGUCUCAUGCAAUUGUGGUCAAUAUUGUGGAAAUUGCUAAUUGUAAUAAUUGUGUAAGUGUGCAUUAGUUGUGCUUCCCCAGCUAGAUUGUAAGCUCCUGGAGGACAGGGACCACCUCUCAAAAAAUUAAAAAAAAAGCACCUCCCCCAUCUCGCACAGUGUCCCAGGACCCUGCGGGGCGGUGGAAGCGCACCAAAAAGUU